CAACGUUCAUUCAUCAUCCCACCGGGCGGCCACCACCAUCAUGUAUCGUCUGUCCGUGUUCGUCGCCGUCACCUGUUGCGCCGCCGCUCUGUCGGCCGUCCACCACGUGCAGGCCACCGAGACCGUACUCGAGUUCGGCGUCAAACUGUUCGAGGACUGCGGAGCCGACUGGUCGUGCACCAAACCCAAAGUGCUCCGGUACCUGAGCGAGACCGCGAAAAGCGACGAGCUCAAGUUGACCCGGGACCUGUCCCUGAAACGUAGCCGUGUCAGCGAAGGCGAAGAAGAAGUGGCCAACUCGAUCCCCAACGGCGGCGACUACAAAGACGCCAUCAGGGAGAACUCCGCGCUCCGCAUGUUGGACAGGAUCGACGAUUUCCUGAGCACCCACCAGCUCCAGGUGAACCUGCCGGAAGAGCUAGGGUCCACCGUCCAACGGAUCAACGUGCCGUUGACCGACCAAGACACCCAAGUCGUUCAGCAAGGACGAAGUAAGACGCGAAUCGGAAAACGUCGCGGAUUUGUCCGUAAAAUAGUCAUUCCGUUCCUCCUGGGAUUGAAGUUCAAGACGACCGUCUUGAUUCCCGUCGCCAUCGCCAUAAUCGCCCUGAAAACGUGGAAAGCGUUGACGUUAGGUCUACUGUCACUCGUCUUAUCCGCCGCCAUGGUCAUCUACAGGUUCACCAAGCCCAAGGUGGUCGGAGUGGAAAUCCUGCACUACCCAUCACCCGGUUACGCGCACCAUCACGACGGAUACGCACACGCUAGGGCGUACAGUGCGCAACAGCCCGAACAGUGACCGGUGAACGUGAUUAGUUUUGUAAACGUCGCGAUCAGAAACGACGCGUAUUUUAUUGUACGACUAGUUUUCUGUUGUUAUUAAUUUAAUUAUUUAUUUAUUUAUUUACCGAACGAAAAAAAUACAAUUAUUAAAUUUUUUUAAU